GUCUGAGUACGGGAUAAAGCGGAGCAAGAGAGGGGAAGGCCCGGAGACCAUUUUCCCGCCGUGGGUUACAGGGCUGUGUCCCGCGAACUCUCGGGGCGGGACUGGGAGGCUGUAAGAAGUUCCUGUGGGAGCUUCUUGUUCCACUCCCAGGUGUGAAGUAUUCUUGAAGACAUCUGCACCUCCUGACUGGGAAAAGAUGGUCAACGUUUUGAAAGGAGUGCUUAUAGAAUGUGAUCCUGCCAUGAAACAGUUUCUGCUGUACUUGGAUGAAUCUAAUGCCCUAGGAAAAAAAUUCAUCAUUCAAGAUAUUGAUGACACUCACGUCUUUGUAAUAGCAGAGUUGGUUAAUGUCCUUCAGGAGUGAGUGGGUGAAUUGAUGGAUCAAAAUGCUUUUUCUCUUACUCAGAAGUGAAAAUAUUAGAUAUUGGAUGCUUAGGACUUAUAACAAACAAACAUGAAAAACUAUCUCUAUUCAGUAUCUUAAUUUGACUAUUUCAAGGAUUCAUAAGAGCAUGUUGUGGGAAAGACUGAGAUGUGUUCAGACAGAGACCUGAACUGAUUUUGUUGUUUAAAAACAAAAGUUUGGAUUCAGCUGUAAUUUGGUAAUUUGGCUUUUAUUUUAUGAAAAUA